AUGGACGAGCCGAGCCAAGCGGUGACCAGACGAGGUCGAGACGGAGCGCCCGACCGCGGCACCACGAGCGGACCACGCGAGCACUAUUGCGAGGCAGAACCGCACCAAGCGCAGGACGCAGAGGAGGACGAGAACGAGGACGAGCAGGACGAGCAGGACGUGGUCGAGAGGAGCGUCGACCAGCGAGCAGCUCGGCCUGGAGAGCCCGUCUGUGCCGUCUGCGGACGCUACGGCGAGUACAUUUGCGACCAGACAGACCAAGACGUGUGCAGCAUGGAGUGCAAGGCCACUGCCGUUGCGGGUGCGCGGUGGAACAAGGAGCCAGAGUCGACAAGGCCGUGCCAUCCCAGUGCCAGUGCGAGUCAGGCGACUGCCGCCAACACUGAAGCCCAGGCGCAUAGUCACCAGGCGCAUGCUAGCAUUGAACAGCUCCGGGCGCGCCUCGGGGUGACCAUCACAGCGAUCGGCGCUGGGGAAUCAACCACACUGCCGCCGCUGCCUGACGUCCCGCCAGUCGAUGCGUUUGCAGACCUGGACUCGGUGCUGCCAGACAAACUGCUGGAUAACUUGUAUCGCUCGGGGUGCAAUCUGCCCUCGUUGGUGCAAAAGCAAUUGCUUCCGCUGGCACUCACAGCGAUCUCGCCCUGUGAGCGCGCUUUGACCAUUCAGCACAACACCUUGAACGGGGCGCCGCACUCCAUGGUGGUCACAGCAAGCACGGGGUCUGGAAAGACACUGAGCCUGGCGUUGGUUGCAAUCGCCCACGCUGUGGCAUUGGCGUCGCACUCGCCGUCAGCCUCCCAGCCUGGAUCACAUCCAUCGGUUCUUGUGCUCAGCCCCACACGCGAACUGUGCGUGCAAAUACAAGACAACAUCAAACGGCUUGCUGAAGGCAUUCCCAAUCUGCGGACUGCCUUGCUGGCCGGUGGCUUUCCUCUCCCGCCUCAACUCCACCGUCUGUCGCAAGCUGUUGCGAUAGUUGUUGCAACGCCAGGUCGACUGAUGGAAAUUCUGGCGCAUCCCCGAGGCGGUGGUGUGAGUCUAGCGUUCGAUCAGCUGCGUGUGCUCAUCUUGGACGAAGUCGAUGCACUUGCACUGGGCGAUUUUCGGACGCAGGUGCUUCGCGUCGUGCAAGACCUGGUCUUUCACGCUGGCAGCUCUUUUCAGGCGCAGCAGCAGCAUGCACAAAUCUACGGCUCUCGUCAAAGGCCAGUCCCAACACUUUGGCAUCUGGCUGUUGGAACACCAGCAAUUGCAGCGGAUGAAAUCAAGCAAGUGUUGAUGUGGGUUGAAGAGAAAUCCAAGCCAAACACGCUCUGCCGGCUCCUGAAUGCCGAGCAGCACUAUCGACCUCCCGUGCUCGUGCUGGUCAACUCGCUGGCCACCGCAAAGGCCUUGCCUCCGGUCAUCAUCAAGCGCUGCGCCACAGAGUGCGACUAUGUCUCGUCAGAGCGCACGCAGGACGAGCGAAACGCCGUCAUGGCACGAUUUGUCGCAGGCGAGUUUCCCAUUCUCGUGGCUACAGGCGGUAUUGCCGGCCGUGGGUUGACACUUGGCAGUGUCGGCAGUGUGAUCAAUCUUGACUUCCCUCGUUCCAUUGAUGCGUACAUUCACCACAUUGGUCGGGCGACGCGGCGCGUGCAGACCACGCUCCCCCGGCCCAAUUCCGGUCUUUGGCGUUCUCAAAGCGCGGGACUCGCAUAUACAUUUCUCAACCUGACGAAUGAGGCUCAGUUUGUUCCUCUAAUGGCACUACUAGAGCCUGCGGGCGUCGUCUUUCCUCCCGAAGUCAAACAAUCGAUGGCAGUGUUUCGCCACCGCGAGAGGCUGCGAUUUCACCCGCCGCCAUCGCCUCAAGUGAAUGAAGCUACGCCUGUACUCGUUCCACCCACGAUCUCGACAGCGCCAACCAGCUCUUCCCUCUCGACGACUGAAGACGCGGGCCCCGAGUUGAAUACAGUUCCUCCUCCAGCUUACCAAUCUGAAGCUGUGCCAGUGAUGCCAGCGAUACCACUUCCUCCACCAUGGUUGCUAUCUCCGUUCGCCCCGCCUUUCAUCAUGCCACCAGGCCUGCCGCCAAGACCGCCGUUCAUUCCACCACCAACCACACAUCACCUUCCACCGCCGCCUUGGCUACGACCCAAACGAUCGUUUAGCAAUGACCCUUCAGAUUCCCGAGCAGCCAAGCGACCGCGUCAGUAGCAACCAAUAUUUAACAAAGCAGCAAUUCAUUUCAUUUGUGAAAUACAACAAACCGACGCGUUGUGCUUCCCAGCAUCAAUCAAAACCAAAAUCAAUCAAAACCAAAACCAAAGAACACAAUAAAACUGGAAGGAAAAAGGCAAGACCAAAAAAUCAACAGGUAUUAGUACAGAACAACAAA